AUGGAGGAAUUGGCCUCGGUGGCGGCGGUGGCGGCGGUGGUGGUGGAGGGGGCGGCGGUGGUGGUGGAAUUGGAGGAGGAUUCGGAGCCGGGGCCGGAGGAGGUUUUGGGGCAGGAGGGGGAGCAGGAGAAGGAGGUGGUGAGGGAGGAGGCCUUGGAGGUGGAGGUGGAGGGGGAAAUGGAGGAGAUGGUGGUGGUGAGGGAGGAGGCCUUGGAGGUGGAGGUGGAGGGGGAAAUGGAGGAGAUGGUGGUGGUGAGGGGGGAGGUUUUGGAGCAGGAGGGGGAGAAGGUGGUGGUGAUGGCGGUUGGCGCAAGUAGAUAG